GAUGUCAUACAGGGCGGUCGUCUAUAAAUAGUGCCAUCAUCCUCCCAUCACUUGUAAUCCUCAUUGGACCGACGCACACCCAAACAUGAAGAACUUGAGGAUUAUUGUCUUUUUAGCCAUUUCUUUACUCGCCUCUGCUCAAAUUCCAAGAAGAUGCUCUUCACCGCCCAAGUAUCCAACCACCAGACUCAGGAGCAGAUUCAGCAGGAGACAUACGUUUGACAGCGGCCAGAAGGUUUACUAUAACUGUGUCGAGGACUUCGUUCCUCACGCCGGCAACCUGUCAGUGACGUGCAUCGAUGGAACCUGGACCAAGUUGACUCUAAAAUGUGAAAAAAAAUCAUGUGGUAAUGCUGGAGAUCUACCCCACGGGUGGCUGCAAUAUGAAGGACAUUCAUUCAUCGGGGAGAAGGUCUACGCUAUAUGCAAUGAUGGAUACACUUUAAAAGGACCCAAGUACAUGACGUGUAAGAAAAGUGGAUGGACUGGUAAAUUCCCCACAUGUGAAGAAGAUACGACCUGCUCCACUCCUGAAGUACCCAACUCAGUGGGCAGCAAUGUUUCCUUUCACCACGUGGGUGAGAAGAUGACCUUCACCUGCACUUCAGGUUUCAUGUUGGAUGGCCCACAACAGAUAACGUGUGGUCCCUCAGGCCAGUGGGAACCCAAACCCCCUCGGUGCCUGACCUCCCUAAGCCAAGGCGGCUGUGGCACUCCUGCAAAUAUCAAGAACUCUAACACCAACCUAGCUGACAGGUUCAUCACCAGGACGACCUUUGCCCCUGGGGAGCAAGUCCAUUACACGUGUGAUGUCGGCUACAGGCCAGUGGGUGGCAGCAGAUACAGGACUUGUGUCAGGGGACAAUGGACGCCACUUCUGCUCAAAUGUGAACGUAAGCUGUGUGGUUCUGCGGGGGAGAUUAAAAACGGAUACUUCAUCUACUCUGGAGUGGAGUUUGGAGAUACUGCUACAGCUCACUGUGAUGAGGGGUUUCAGCUUGUAGGACGGUCAACCAGGAACUGCAUGAGUUUUGGCUGGGAUGGUCGUGCACCCUUUUGUGAAGUGGUGGAGUGUGAAGAGCCUCCAGAGGUGACCAACGCAAUGAAGAAAGGCCCAGUAGAAGGUCCAUAUAAGUACAGGAGCGUUAUAGUGUACGAGUGUCGCCGAGGAACCCUGUUGGGGAACAAGGAGGUAUGGUGCACAAAGAACGGCACAUGGAGCACACCGCCGACAUGCAGAGAGAUCACAUGUCCACCUCCCAGUGUGCCCAACGCCGCCUGGACGCGAGCUCACACGAGACCUUAUCAACACCGGGAUGCCGUUACCAUCGACUGUCGCCACGGUUACACAAGGGUUGGCGUGAGUACUGUCACCUGCGGCAACAACGGCCAGUGGAUUCCCAGUCUUCCCAAAUGUAGACACACAUAAAUAAACAACGCAUGGCGUACUAACUGGAGCCGAUAUGCCGUCUGAUGUGGCGCUACAGUAUUCAGUCCAGGAACAACAUAACCAUAAAGGGGACCUAUUAUGCUCAUUCUCGGCGGUUUGUAUUGGGUUGUGGACUCCUAUAGAGUAGCUACACACAAUAACCCGCACAGAAAGCUUUCUAGAUCUUCCAGAUUCUGCACCUCUUUCUGCAGUGUUUCCACAGACUUCCUGCUUCCGACUGUUUAAUGCCACUCCUAAUCGCUCUCGAGGACUUCUGGAUACGUAAGUCCGCAUUUACUGAGUGUAGCCUGUAUAAGGAAGUCCGGAUCGCUUUGAUGCAAGUAGAACUUUAAAAAAAAAACUCGGCAAAAAAAAAAAAAAAGCACAAUAGGUCCCCUUUUAUGCUUCCUUGCCAUUUCCUCACAAAGUUCAUAACAUCCUUCCAGACAUUAAAUGUGUAUGUUUAUUUCAAUAUGUGUUUCUGGGCAAGAACAAGUACAAACUUGUUGUAUUCACCUCCUGUACAUUUAGUUUUUUUCUUUACAGUGGAUAAUGUCACGUGUAUCAUCAUCUAUAGACUAAACUGCGAGUGAGCGUUCAUGAACAAAACAAGCUACAAGAAAAGAACACCAAUUCCAUUCAUUUUAAAAAGACAAUACAAAAUCCAGACAUUUACAUGAGCAAUAACAAUUCAAGUGCAAAUAUUAUCAACUAUAUGAUACAUCAUAGCAAACUCUCUUUUAAAAGGCAUCAAAUUCAAUCCAAAAAAAAAAUAAUAAUCAUUCAGGUUGCCGGAAAGAAGCUGAUUCUGAACUAAAGGGGAGUACUACUAAUUUAUUUUUUUCAAGGAAAUUCAGUCAAUCUUUUUGAGUGACAUGGCCUCAAAUUUGCGAUCAAAACUUAAUUUCCUUCUUCGGUUGAAUACAGUACACGUAUGGAUUAGCAAUGACACGGUCAACUGUUUAUUUGCUUUCUUUUGGGGCCUUUUCGGUAAAUAAAUGCCCUGUAAAUCACAUUGUGUGUUUCUAAACCAGCCGAGCUGCUUCCUGUUUCCGGUUUUACUGCAGGGGACACUUGCCAGGUCUUUUUUCAACGUUUUUUUUUUUUUAUCUCCUAAAACUAUGCAUCCUAUUUUAUUUUAAAGUUAAAUUAUAAUACCCUGUUGCAGUCAUUGUUUUGAAAUCACAAAGAAAAUAUAUAUUUUUUUAAUUUUCCAAACAGAAAAUGCAAAAUUUUCAUGCAGUGCUGCUUUCCACAAGAUUAUUUUGUGUCACGUUUGAACCAAAUUGAAGGUGUGCUAUAUGUAUUUAAUCAUUGCACUUUUACUAUAAAAAAAGGUAGAAUAAUGAGCUGUUGAUCUAGUGCACAAAACAAUGUGACCUCUUUGGAAGAGCUGUCUUCACCGGGACACAACAAACAUGAUUUUGGGGAGUUUGUAUAGUCUUUGGAUUUGGAACGGGCACGACAUUUUAGGGGGCAAAAAAAAAAAUUCUGGGGUCCUGCUUUAACAAAAAUCAACCCUCGUCUUAAUUUGUAUUAUUUACAAGAUUGAAAUCUGCUCCACGGUGAUAGAACAACUAAAGUAUUUCGAGAUUCUUUGUUUUUUUUUUUUUUAUCUAUUUGAAAUAUCCAGACUAUGACGUGAGUACAUCAGAAAGACAAAAGUGAGAUUGAAGAUUUAAAGUGACCUUUUACAAGAAGCAGCAAAACAUCAUGUCCCUCAAAGACAUUCAACUCUCCGAGACACAUUCUACAUCAUCUCAUUCCUGUGGCUCUACCAGUUAUUAGUUUAUUAUUCGUCUUCCAAAAAAUGUCCUCUGUGUUCCUGGAAUGAAUAACCACCUUUUUUUUUUUUUUUUUUUGUAUUUGCUUUAAAGUCGCCUUGGAAAAGAAAAAAAAAACAAAUUCUGGGCGGGAUGGAAAAGGCUGGUGCAGUCUAGACAGCACAGAUGAACUGUUUUAACAGUAAAACUGCUCUAAGAGCUCAAACAUAGUAAGGCUUUAAAUGAGCUGGAACGCAGCUGCGACAUGAAUUAGUUAGCAACUGCUCCUCCUCGAGGACACACACACACACACACACACACAUAUGAUGAUGAUGGAACUCGGGUUACACAACACUUGCACAACACUGACAGUCAUACUUACUUACUUGGUCGCAGUCGGAGCUGGAAUUCAGUCCAGUCAUUUAAGCAAAUACAACAAGCUCUAACACAAUAUCACUCCUACUGUCUCAAACAGGCAAUUCUACCCUUUUAAUGGUCUCAUUGCACGUCACAAUAGAAACCGAACCCACUCACAUAUUCUACAUCCCCACUAAAAUGCUCACGCUCGGGGACUGUGUACUUUAUCCGGCAUAGAAAACUGACAAACACAAAUUAUUUUAAAGGUUUGUCAAUUGAAAUUGAACAGAAGGUAAAAAAAAAAAAAAAAGCGUGUGUUUUUUUUUUUAAUAUGUCGAAGUCCUUUAAGAGUUGCGGGAUGUAGCCUGUAAGAGAGGAAGGGGGGGUGUUUACUGAGUUGGAGAUGUAUGUUUACUUGUAUGGUCGCAGGAAAGCAGAGACUUUGCUGCUUAUGAGACGUAUGAAGGAGCGAGGAAGCAUCUCGUUGGACUCCCGAGUGGUGUACUUGAAGUAGUUGUUUGGGUGAGCCAGCACGUCAAAAAGAGUCUUUAUCAGUUUUUUAUCCUGGAACCAAAGAAGUACAGAGGUUAGAGUCUUAAAUGUGUAUUUUAUGAUUUAAUUAUUUUGAUUUUUGUUCUUCAGGUUCCCCAAAUUCAUUUGCAACAGCAUAACAGAUAAAGAUGUCUGCCAAAAUUGUAACAAACUGAGUUUACAGUAACAGCUAUGAGUUAUUUAUAUUUGGUGCAUUCAUAGUAUAGUGUACUACACAGUUUUUUGUACAAUUAUCAUUGCAGAAAAGAAAGGUGUGGUUAGUUUUUAUUAUGUAUGUAUUAUGUAUUUUAUUAUUUUAUUAUUUUAGUUAUGGUAAUGGUUUUAUUUCAUUUGAACAUGCAUCAGGUUACAAUUGAAUGCAUCCCAUAAUAGUUCACAGUUCCACAUGUCCAAAAGGAGUAGGAAGAAGCAAAGCUUAUUAAAUCCUACCCCUACAUCUGGUACUUUUACAAUCAGUAACUGUUACAUUUGUUCACUUCCUGCUUUCCUAAUAUAGUUUUUUUAUUUUUUUUAUUUUUUGGGUCACGUAUCGAAGUACGAGGUGAUAUGUCCAUACAAUGACAUAAUGGUUACCAUAGUAACCGUUCAAGACUCUUCAUCCUUGUAUUUAGCAAACAUCAACUGCUUGUAUUGUUUCUUGAAUUGGCUCAUCGUUGUGCAUUGUUUGAGGUCCUUACUCAAUCCAUUCCAUAGUUUGAUUCCACAUACUGAAAUGCUAUGGCUUUUUAACGUAGUCCUAGCAUAUAAGUGUUUCAAAUGUAGUUCUUCCCUGAGAUCAUAUUUCUCCUCUCUUGUAGAGAAGUAUUGGAUGACAUUUUUAGCUAAUUGGUUGUUUUUAGCCUUGUGCAUUAUUUUAGCUGUUUGAAGAUGAACUAUAUCAGCAAGUUUAAGUAUUUGUGAUUUUAGAAAUAAGGAGUUAGUAUGUUCUCUGUAGGCGGCAUUAUGAAUUAUCCUUACUGACCUUUUUUGCAGUACAUUUAGCGAAUGAAGAUUGCUUUUAUAGUUAUUAUCCCAUAUUUCCACACAAUAAGUAAGAUAUGGUAGAACCAGAGAGCAAUAAAGCGUGUGGAGUAAUUUCUGAUUGAGAACGAAUUUUGCUUUGUUCAAUAUUGAAAUAUUACUGCUUAUGUUGUAUAUUUGUAAUAUGAGUUUUCCAGCUCAUAUUUUCAUCUAUUGUGAAAUAGAAAUUUAUUUUACUUCACCCUUUCAAUGUCUACACGAAAUGUUAAAUGUAACAGGCUAGCUCUUCCAUCAUCUCCCCCUCCUCCCUCCACGCCAAGUUAAAGGUCAAUAAGUGGCGUUACAUGUUCAUUUAUCUAUUAAGUCAUAAUUUAUAUGUAUUGCGCAUUGCUUACUGCAUGUAAAACUAAAAGUAAUCUCUAUAAAACGUGUUUUGUGUUUGGAAUAGAUUCAUUGAUUUACACUAUUUUUCAUAGGAAAAAUUGAUUCGGUUUAUGUACAUUUUGUUAAAAAAAACAGAGGUUCCACUGUUCCACCAUUAGAUAGUAUAUAUUUUUUGCUCCUCGUCAGAUGUUCGAUGCCUCUACUUCAUUGAUCACCAUUGUUUUAAAAUUAACCUCAUAACGUCUCCUCUGUUGUAGGGUAACUUGCCCGACCUUUGAGACAUUUUUUUUAGCAUGUGUGAGUGACAGUAAGAAAAGCUCUGACUCACUUGGGAAAAAAUCGUUUAGCACCUUUUGAUUUGCAUGUAUGAAUCUACAAUUUAGUACUGUGACAUAUUACAGAUUAGAAUAUACUACAUUUGGGUCAAGUUCCAGGUCGGAUCGAGGAUCUUAUUUGUGCGGUCCAGGUCAAACGUGGCAGUUUUGGGUCAGAUGCAGUAUUGAAUAUCAUCAGGUCGGGACUGGAUGUGUGUGUGUGUAGUGGGAUCGACUAACUAGGGCAGGUUGAGGCCUCACCUUGAGGAUUUCUUGAUGGUUUUCUGAAGCAUAUAGUCUUCCAUCUCUUACUAUGUCCUCGACCAGCUGCUCAUAGUCCUCUGAUGGGAGAGAGAGGAAACACAAUAUACUCCUGGUCAUAUUAUGAGAUGACGUGUUUGUAUCGAGCGCUUUACUUACCAUCAUAAGUCACGUAAGGGAUCUGGAAGCCCCUGGCGCUGUUGGCCUCAUUGGACUUGAAAUUAAUCCACAGGCGCCUGGAGCGCGCUGUGAAGGCAAUAGGCCGCUCAUAAGUCUGACACGUCUCAUAGGUAGUGAUGGAUGUAGCUGACCCUUGCAAGAGCACAGGAAGGACAAUGAUGAAUCCAGUUUGCAGACACGGUGCCCCCCCCCCCUCCUUUUUAUGCAAAACACUCACAGUUCUUCCUCAUCACCAGCACAUCUCCACAUUCGUCCUCUGAGGGCAGGAAGAUCUCCGGCACCACAAUUAGGAUCUUCCGCUUGCUGGGCGGGUUGAUGUUCCAAAUGCACUCCACAUUUGCUGGAUAAUUACCCGGGUAGUUCGGGGACUCGAUGUAACCCAUGAACUCGCCCAUCUCGCCUCCGCAUUGCCUGUCUAGACAUGCCCCCCCGCCACAAACAUAUUAGCAUCAAUGAAAAAGCCUAAAAUGCUAAUUUGUAUACUCACUCUUGCACUGUGAUACGCUAGUAGCGCCAUCAAAAUCUGUGGUGGUGUUUCCAGGACAGGAAAUACAAUAAUUCUGCCUGAAUUCGGUCUGAUAGGUUCCAACCGGGCAGCGGAUACACCUGUGUACUGAUGUGUUGUAGUAAUGACCCGGAGAACACUGCACUGCAGCACCGAUGAAGACACACAAGGAAGUCAGCGUCCAUUUACACGCAACGUUGGAUUCUGUGCGCUCUCACCUUUCACCUCACAAUCAUGGAAGGAGCUCGCACCCUCACGCUUGGUGCUCAGUCCUCCCCCGCAAGGAAAGCACAAUGUCCGACCCAAAUCUGGCUGGUAAGUGCCUUGAGGGCAUGCUUGACAAGGCUUGAAGCCGUCGCCUGAGAAGAACCCGGUGGGACAUUGGCCUGUGGUGUGAAGACAAGCCAGAUGAAGCAUGGACCGUGGCCAUCGCUGCCUGGGCAGAGGUCACAUGCCAGUUGACCCUCCCUCUCCUGAAAGGUUCCAGGCGGACACUGGACACAGCGCUCCUGUUCACCGUGGUAGUACGAGCCGGGCAAACAUCUGACUGAAGAAACAUCCACAAAGACCAGGAAACACUUCUGGUUUACUCCACGGUUGGAUAAUGUCUUCAUCUGAUAUGUGCUAAACAUAAAAGAACUGCAUGCACUGAUGUUUGUAUGUUUAAUCUGCUACAUUUACAAUUAUAAUUACAUUUUUUUUCUUUAACAGAUUAAUAAUAACAGAAUAAUAAUGUUUUUUUUGGUUAGAGUACGUUUUGGUUUUAGUCAGAUCUUCUGUAACGAAAUUAUGAUGCUAACCAAUGUUCCACUGUAUAAUGCAAAGUACCAAAAACUUUCAUCACAUCCUGUAGGUUGCUACUUGGUUGCUCCAAAUUCUACAUGCACUGAGGUUUGUGUGUUUAUUCUGUUUUUUUGGUUAGAGUAUGUUUUGGUUUUAGUCGGUUUGAACAGAUUCAUAUGAUUUACAAAUCAUAUUCAAUAUUCAUACUAAUCAAUUAGUCGGUUUGAUUUAUCCAAACAGACUAAAACCGAAACAUACUCUAACCAAAAAAAUGAAAAAUUUACCAGAAGGAAUAAUAUAAAUCAUAUGAAUCUGUUCCAGCUAAUUCGUUCCACUGUAUAAUGUAAAGUACCAAAACUUUCAUCACACACUGUAGGCUGCUACUGAUCCCAAUUAAUUAUACUUGCACUGAGGAUUGUGUGUUUAUUGUUUUUUUGGUUAGAGUAUGUUUUGGUUUUAGUCGGUUUGAACAGAUUCAUAUGAUUUACAAAUCAUAUUCAAUAUUCAUACUAAUCAAUUAGUCGGUUUGAUUUAUCCAAACCGACUGUUCUUCGGAUUCUUCAGUCUGUUUUGGUUUUAGUCAGAUCUUCUGGAACAAAAUUAUGAUGCUAACCAAUGUUCCACUGUAUAAUGCAAAGUACCAAAAACCUUCAUCACAUACUGUAGGUUGCUACUUGGUUGCUCCAAUUAUACAUGCACUGAGGUUUGUGUGUUUAUUCUGUUUUCUACAUUUACAAUUUAAUUUAAAAAAAAAUGCUGGAACAGAUUCAAAUGAUUUACAUUAUUUCUUAUGGGAAAUGUUAAAUUUUUUUGGUUAGAGUAUGUUUUGGUUUUAGUUGGUUCGGACUAAUGAUGCUAACCAAUGUUCCACUGUAUAGUACCAAAACUUUCAUCACAUACUGUAUGGUCGUUUGUGUGUUUAUUAUCCCCCGCGUCCCCUUCGCUCCUCAGACUCAAACCUCCUGGCACUCCCCUGUAAGACCAAGCUCCGAACCUGGGGAGACAGAGCCUUCUCCAUCGCUGCCCCCACCCUCUGGAACUCUCUGCCCCAUUCACUUUGUGCUUGCCCUGACCUUCCCACCUCCAAAAAACAACUCAAAACCCACCUCUUUAAAUCUGUUUUUAAUGUCUAACUUUUUUUAUAUCUGACUGCUGUGCCCCCCCCGCCCCCGUUUUUUACUCAUGUAAAUUAGUAUUAACCAAUCAAUGUUGGAUUUUGGUGUGUCUUCUAUUCUGUUUACUUGCUUUAUUCUA